AUGAAAGGAUUGAGUAAUGGGAAUGGUAAACGUGGGCCACAGCACAUGCAUUUCAUCGUUGGGCAUGGAAGAUUGGAGGAAGAACAUCCACUUGCUGGCGAGGCAUCAAGUAGUGGUGAGGUCAUCACAGGAGCCUCUCUCUUCUGUAAAAAAAACUUACUAGUCAGUCCUGAAAAAAGUACCUGUCUACUUGCGCCGACAACUACGUUGGGCGUGGUCGUCAUCUGUGAGGAAUCGACCAGUACCCCUUGGACAAGGCCCUAA